UCUAUCGCAUCAUAUUAAACAUACCAUCAUAAAUGUGAAAUAACAAAAUUUCAACUGUGAAAGUUUGUGUUCGAUGUGAAAGUUUUUACAAAAGAAAUUAAUUAAAGUUCCGUACAGAAAAAAAUUGAAAGUGGAGUUUUCUUGUCGACUAUUGUGGAAAGCUGUGAUAUUUAAAGAUCAGCAGAGCUGCUAUUAUUUUCGACAAACUCAAACUCAUUACCCGUUUCACUAAUUGGAUAACCCUUACCUCGAAAUAAAAAUGUGAAUCAAUGCCAUCCCAUGUUAUGAAUACGUUCGAAAACAUAAUUUGCCAGCGGGAAAAUAUAAGUUAAUCGAAACUGUGAGUCUGUGCACAUAGCACGCAAAAGGACAACACCGGCUUGACAGCCGGAACACUUGCCAAUCAGAGAACCGGGCCCAGCCGCCAGGAUGGAUGUCGUCCUGUCCAGGCUGAACAUCAGCCUGGAUAAUGUGACACUCAGCACCAGCACCAUCCGGCAGGGUCUCAUCGAGGAGUACAGCAACAACCGCAAGGUGGGCGACCCCGCGUACCACAUCCUGAUUGUCCUGUACAGCAUACUGAUCAUAUUCGGCGCGACCGGUAACAGUUUGGUGGUGAUGGCCGUCGCCCGGAAGCCGCAGAUGCGAACCGCUCGCAACAUGUUCAUAGUCAAUUUAGCCGUUUCGGAUUUACUGCUGUGCCUGGUGACGAUGCCACUGACACUGGUGGAAAUCCUUACCAAGUAUUGGCCUAUGGGUCGAUUGCCAUUUCUGUGCAAAUCGAUUGGAACCCUCCAGGCUACAAGCAUCUUUGUGUCGACCAUUUCUAUUACGGCAAUCGCGCUGGAUCGGUAUCAAGUGAUUGUCUAUCCAACUCGGGACAGUCUCCAACGGAUGGGUGCCAUUGUGAUACUAACCGGCAUCUGGAUCAUCUCGCUGGUGCUGGCCUCGCCGAUGUUCAUAACCAGACGAUUGAUCCACUAUGACGUGAACCUGCCCAGCUUGGGUAUUGAUUACAUCUCCUACUGCAUCGAAGACUGGCCAAUGGCCCGCGGUCGGGUGUACUAUUCGGUGUUCACCCUGUGCGUCCAGUACGUCCUGCCAAUUCUGAUAGUGUCGAUAGCGUAUCUACGAAUUUAUGUCAAACUGAAGCAUCGACUUGUGGUGACGACCACCACCGUAAGCACCAAUGCCAGUUCCAAAGACUCGCAACCGGUGCGGGAACGGGAGCGGGGUCGACGGAUGCAACGAACCAAUUACCUACUGAUAAGCAUAGCCUUAAUAUUUGGAAUCUCGUGGCUUCCACUGAACCUGUUCAACCUGUUUGCCGACCUGUAUCUAGACGGAAUCACCCAGCAGAUCAUGGUGGCGUACGCCAUUUGCCACAUGAUGGGCAUGAGCUCGGCCUGCUCCAAUCCGCUGCUCUACGGUUGGCUAAACGAUAACUUUCGUAAGGAGUUUAACGAAAUCCUCUGCCGGAAGGAGUCAAGUACGCUCGUUGUUAACGGGGCCGGCGGAGGCAAAACCGUCUCAAGAAAGAUUCGAACUUCGGGAGCCGCUCCGGAAGUAACGCAGCACAACCGUAAUUGGGACGAGCACUCGGAUGAAUCGGUGGAUCAGCAGGACCGCAUGAAGCUGUGCAACGGCGACGAGGAUAGCGUUUGAGACGGUGUGGGCGGAGAGUUGGUUGCUGUUUGACCUCGUCGGAAAUGUGUCUUUCACCUGCCCAGCAGCUCGGUGCUGCAGAUAACAGCGUGGGAUCGUAGGCAGCCACGUGCAUGUCGCCUAGCAGCACAGGUUGCAAGCAGUCAGUCGUAUGCAGAUUGCAGCGGUGUGGUACAUAUUCCCGGCAAAAAUGCGAUCCACAGAAAGUAAUCCACUGCGGGAAUGAAUCUGCGAUGGGGUGAGUGAGCGGCGCCUGAAAGUACGGAGUGGAUAAAACAGAGUGCAUCGGGUGGUGAGUAUAGCGGUUACAUAAAUAUGCAUAGAUUGUUCGGCACGUUGAAAGUGUCAGAAGGUGAAUGUGGAAAAAGAGAUUCAUAGAUAGUAUGAAAAUAGAUAGCGCUGGUAUAAUUUAUGAUGCGGUCGUCUGUGGAUUGGGAUAAUGCAAGGUAGAUGCGAGAAAUUUAU